GUUUAUUUUUGUUCGCCUUUUUAAAGACCUAUAUUUCCAAUAUGCCUUUUAUUUCUUUGGAUUUUUUCCAAUAAUUCACUCAAAAUAAAUGCCAAAAUUUAACAUACUUGGUUAAUUUUAUUGGAUCUUUACAAGACGUGUUCUCUCAAUACAUGCCGUGUUUUUAUCUUCCGGUCGUGCAAUUAUAUAUAUAUAUAUAUAUAUAUAUAUAUAUAUAUAUAUAUAUAUAAGCAUACAAUGAAAUUAAAAGGUAUAUUCUAGAGUUAUGCAGUGUUAUGAGUUGUCCAACCUCAUAGCCUUCCACUAGGUGGCUGUAUGUACAUCCGAAGUUGCUUGCAAUCCAUUAAUAAUGAUAAGAAGAAGUUAGGGUUGGCCCUAAUCUUAUUUUUAAUUAAAAAAAUUAAAAAUAAAAAUACGGAUGGAUUUGCUCAUAUGAUUAUAUGAAAAUCUGUGUUUGUACCAUAUGAAAAUGUUUAAUAUUUGUAUUAGUAGUAAUAAUAAUAAAUUACGGAUUGCACCCGACAAAACAUUAGAGAAGAAGAAGAAGAAGAAGCUUACGUCAUUCGACGCGACACUUUCCACGGUCGGAGCUGGUGAGUAGCCCCUGAAUCUGUCAAAUAAAAAUGUAGUAAAAAACCUCAAAAGACCGAAAGUCUACAUUUAUAAAUCUGCUGAUGGUAGUUCUAUGAGUUAAUGUUAGCGAGUAUGUGGCACAGCAUGUGUUUGUACAGAUUUAGACACGUUUUUAACCCUAUUUGGUAGAAAAAAAAAGCUCGCUAAAGUAGCCUCUUAAAAGCCAGUCACAUUCAAAUGUAGCUGUCCUUCAUACCUUUAAUAACAAUGUGCUAAAAUUUUGUUUCAUAUAUCUUAAAAAACCGUAUACUUUUCAGUAUACUAGUUUAUAUCAGUAUAUUGAUUUAAUGUUAGGAUUCUAUCAUACAGUUCAUUACAUUUCAUCGUUUCAUCGUAUUAUAAGCCCUGAGGCCAUCAUUCUUUAUUUGUUGCCCCACCAGGCUAAGCAUUGUUUAUUUAUUUAAGUCUUUGUAAAACGUUUGCAUUUCUAUGACUUUAUAGUUAUUGUUCAAGUAUUAAUCUUCCAAUCUUUCAAUAACACAUAAUUCUCAAAAUGUAAUUUCAAAUUUCCCGUCAACUUUUAACAUUUUUUAUCUCAAAAACAUGACCAGCUACAGGAUGACUGACUGUCAUAAAACUCAACCACCGGGCUUACCAUGUUUUCUGGGGGAUACCCUGCAAGCACAAUGCAUGCUAAUAUUUAUUUAUCACAUACCAGAAAAAACAGCUACCUUCUGUUUAUUCAUAGUCAUGGUUGUAUUUUCUGUCUUUGUUUUAGGUUCAAUGUCAAGAAGAGAGAGAACACGUAUCUCGGAGGAAGCGAAGGUCUUCCUCCAGAAAGACUAUAAAGAAGGGAUGACCAGGGUGGGAUCUCCACUGGUUGGAGCAGCAUCCCAGGCCACUGGCUUGCCACCGUUUGUCAUUGAUAACUGGAUUGGAAACUAUAGAAGAAAAAAGCCAUCUUCUUCUCAACCUAAAAACAAGAAGUUAUACACCAAGGACCUGUCUGGUUACAACCUGUUCUGCAGGGAUCAGUUAAAGAACAAAGACCCCGGGAGGAAAAUUAGGACACCAACGGUGGAAGACAUUUUGAAUGCAAUGUGUGCAAAUGAUGAGCGGAGCGUAACAGAGCCUAUGGGUUUGACGGAAGUGCUGUCAAGAGAACCGACUACAGAUGAUACUACGGAUGUUUGCAACAUCUGUUGAACAGACGUUCAUCACUGAACGUCUGUUCAGUGAUGAGAAAAAAAAUGCCAAGAAGAAGUGGCGUGAGUGGCGACGUUGCAACACAUGUGAGCAGUGGUCACACCUGGCAUGUGGAUUCAAGAAAAACUGAAAAAUUGUCUGCACUGGGACUGCAAAAAAGACACUUCUAAUUUGGUCACAGUUGUGACAUCUGACAUCUGUCAAUGUUAGCAUUUCCUGUAGUUUUUUCUUAAACAAUUGAUAAAUGUACAAUGCAUCAAUAAAAGCUUUUGUAUUGAAAAGAUAUUCUGUCAAAUGUGAGUGCUUUAAAUAGUAACAAACAUUUGGGUAUCAAACGAACACAUCAGUGAGCAUGUUAGCUGAACUCAUUACUAUUGCACUUGAAAAAUUUCCACAUGGUAGCACAGAUAAUACCCUUUAGCAAAAGAAUGAGUAAGAUCUUUCCUUUUAAAUAAACAAAUUGACCAGGUUAGAAGACGACACGUUCAGGUAAAGGCACUUUCUCCCUUCGCGAAAUCGUUAGGACAGGCAUGUUGAUAGGACACAGCUGGAGAAGAUCCCAGUGUGGGAUGCAGUAGUUCCACAACGUCACGUUACUAUUGGUUAUCAAUGGGUGACACGCCACGUGACCAGUUACACACUUUUUGCCGCUUAAUGAAAACUAUUAAUACGAUUUGACAUUAGGAUUUCAUUCUGUCUGAUAAUUUCAAUUUAUGACUGGAAAAUGUGAUUUACUUACUUUAGCAGAAUUUGCUACCCACUCAGACUGGUGAGUUCAAUCAUGACAUCGCCCCGUGUGUCAAUGCACCCGCGAUGGGGCGCAUUCCAUUUCAAAUAUUGAACGUGUGCCGCAACAAUAAGACCCUGUGAGUUGUAAGUGCGAGGCUGUUAUAAAGUAAUGUAUAUGGUCAUUGAGAGUGUAAUUGUAGUGUGUAGUGUUUUAAACUAUGAUCAGGGCUUCACUUUUUUCUCAUAUUUAGUUUAGCUGCACUAUUACAGAUAGUAUGUGCUAACAAGGAGAAGCUGUAUGGGAGAGUGAUGCAAAAGAAGCCUUUUCAGCAAUUACGCCUCAAACAGAGCCGCUUGAGGUCUGCAAAAGCACAUUUGGACGAGCCAGCUUCAUUUUGGAAUAAGGUCCUGUGGACUGAAGAAACAAAGAUUGAGUUGUUUGGUCAUAAAAAAGGCAUUAUGCAUGGCGGGGG